AUGAUCCGUUUUCUGCGCGGUGAAUUGGGUAACGGUCGUACGACCAGUGUCCCAGCAUCAUUGAUCAUACCUGCUGCUAUUGAUGCACAUCGAUUUUGCGAGUCUACUCAAUCAGAUACAGCUAUCUUCAGUCGAUUGUGCCCUGCCAUCAAGGGCAAAAGAAGAUCUGCUUCGAUCAUAAGAUCAUUCGAGCUCGAUACAGGCUAUGAAAUUGCAGUAGCAAGCGAGUCUCUGGCUGUACUUGCCCUCAGUGACGAUCUCGCUGAAAUAUAG